AUGAAAACCCCCAAGAGCUCCAUAACGCACACUGGACUUACGGUGCUUUAUCAUCCUGACGGAACCGAGCCUAAUGUAGAUAUUGUCUUCGUGCACGGUCUCAAAGGCCACCCGCGUAAGACAUGGGAAGUUGCGAAUCAAAGCCUAUCGCCGCAGUCCGCAGACAGAAGUAAACACAGCGGCUUUUCAAUCUUUCAACGCAGGCGAAGCAGGUCGCAAGAUGUUCGAGCUGGGGGUGAAAGUGGCCCUGCCACUUCUGAAGAAUCAUCGGACACAACAGUAUUCUGGCCUUUGGAUCUAUUGCCGUCAGAUUGCCCUACCGCUCGAAUACUGACUUUCGGAUAUGAUACCCAAAUCACUAAGGGAUAUGCUGCCACAGAUAAGAGCAGUAUCUUUUCCCACGGCAGGGAUUUCCUCCUCGAACUGUCCAGAGAGAGAGGUGGCUCAGGCCGGCCUUUGAUAAUGGUUACGCACUCCCUUGGCGGGAUAGUUGUGAAGGAGGCUCUUAGAGAAUCUGAGAUUUCAGACAAACCUGACCAACAAGACAUUCUCAAUUCGACCGCAGCUGUGGUUUUCUUUGGGACGCCACAUCGAGGUAGCGGGAUGGCCGGAAUUGGACAUGACAUUGCUAAAGCUGCAGGCUUUUUAUUGAGGAUAGACAUUAACGACCAGGUCUUACGCGCACUCGACCUAGACAGCCCUCAAAUCGAGCUAUGCAAUCGGUCUUUCAUACAUCAAUGGAAUAAGUGGGCGUUCCAAGUCAAAACGUUCCAAGAAUCCAACGCUCUGACAGGGAUUAAUUUCGGCCGCCUUAAUGAAAAGGUCGUGUUGGAUAUCUCAUCAUCAUUCGGCGAUCCUCGAGAAGACACUGAGAAAAUCCAGGGAAAUCAUCGGGAAAUGUGCAGGUUUGUGGGAAGCCAAGAUCCAGGCUAUCGUAAAGCUGGCCCUGAAAUAAAACGACUGGUCAAGGAUGCAUUGACAAGGCAGUCUAGCAGAACCUCAACUCAAACGGAGGCAUCAGAGUUUGCUCUCCUCUCCAGAAGUCCACACUUGGCUCGAGAAAACCCAGUAACCGGAUCACCCACGGAAACCCUAAUCGAGUUGGAGCAGAGGAAAAAGGAAGAAGAAGAGUUGAAACGUAAGGAGCGGGAAGAGCUCAUCGAAAAGCAGAACGCAUGUCUCCGUUCCUUAGCAUUUCCGGAGCUAUGGGACCGUGAAAGGGAUGUAGAGACGGCACUUGCUGACACCUGUGAGUGGCUGUUCCGUGAACCUUUUUUUCGCUCUUGGAUGCACACCGAGAGUGAUGGAGUUAGCCCGCGUCCAAACUUGUUAUGGAUCAAAGGGAAACCUGGCGCUGGAAAAUCAACGUUGAUGAAAGCAGCUUUUCAUCGUGCAAAGAAGGAGAUGAAUCCGGCCUCGACUAAUGUCGCAGGAUUUUUCUUCUCCUCCAGACGCAACAUUGAAUUGGAACGAACACUCCUCGGCCUGUUGCGCACACUGCUACAUCAGCUUCUCCAGGCAGAUGAGAAUCUCAUGGCCAAUUUCUUAGAGAUCUACACAAGGCAUAGCGACAACAUCGGCUCUGGCUGGCAGUGGCACAUUUCCGAGUUACUCGACUUUUUUAGCGACAAUUUCAAACUGGGCGAAUCCAGGACUAAAGAAACCUACGUAUUCAUUGACGCCUUAGAUGAGUGCGAGCCCAAUGAGAUUCAGCGGGCGGCAUAUUUCUUCCGAGAUCUCUCAGCCAAACCCAAUUUUCAUGUCUGCCUUUCCAGUCGCCACUUCCCUCAUAUCAAACUAGAGAAUGCUCUUGAAAUUGUGGUUGAAGAGGGCAACUCAGAUGACAUUGCUGUGUUUAUCAGAAAAUCCCUUGCGCAAGCCGACUUUCCUCAACAGGAUCUGGAAGAACGAAUCAUUAAGAAGGCUUCCGGAGUCUUCCUUUGGGUAGCACUUGUUGUGGACAUAUUGAACAAAAACAUCAAUAAUGGUGAACCUGAAGAGGACAUCUUGAUGGUUUUGAACAGCGUACCAGACAAACUCGAUGAUCUGUUCAAGGAGCUGUUUACAAGCUUCACAACGAAUGACAAAAGUCGACAAAAGAUCGAAUGCGCCAGAGCCGCAAAUCUUAUUCAAUGGAUGCUUCUCGCUGCACGACCUUUGAGGUUAAAGGAACUUCAUCAAGCUCUGGCUUUCUCUUCCGAUCCACCGAUGACUUCCUUCUCUGAAUUCUUUUCUGCGCCUGGCUAUUUUGGAAAUUACAGAGCAUUCCAAAAAUACAUCAGGACCUAUUCCAGAGGCCUUGUCGAAGUGUCCAGGGGCGGAUUUGUGGAUUUCUGGCUGUGGCUUAGUGAUCGGAGGUUGGUUGGAGAUGAACCUUGGGAAGCGCCUGGUUAUACCAUUGUUGAUGGCGUUGCCAGCAGUUCAGAAACUGCCCCACUCAUCAACGUACAAAAUACGCCUUGCGGUGUUCCCAAGAAUGUGUUGAAGUGUGCAGGAAUCCUUCUUAGAUCGUCUAGCAACUACCCUGAUAUAACAGGAGUAGAACGGGAUCUCCUCUACCAGUUGGAGGAACAACUAAAAAAGCCCCAAGGUGAAACACAAAUAUCUGGUCCUGCAGAUUGGAGUUCAGUACCGCACAGAGAACGUCAGAGACUCGCAUCUCACUUCCAAUCGCUCUCCCUCGACAACGCCGAGAGUUUACACUCGAGAUACACAGCUCUCAAUAGAAUCAGACAGCGUUAUCCCUCUUUUCAGCCUAUUCUCGACCAGUACUUCGACAUGGAAUACGACCGUCAAAUUGUGCAAGUUAUUCACGAAUCUGUCAGAGAAUUCUUUCUCUAUGGACAGGGCUUUACAAUCCUCGAUAGAUCUGCGAUGGGUGCGAACAUCAUACGGCGACAGGCUAUACUUACUGCCGCUUGUGUGAAUUGUGUGGGUGUGACCGAACUGCAACCUCUCGAAGAUAACAACAACUGCGAUUUGUCAGUAUUGGCUUCCCCUGCCGCAAGCCUCUAUCGCACACGCCACGAAGCCAUACGUGAGACUGGAUCCCAAAAGCAACUGUCGGGGAAAACACUAUCCGUCUGGAUCAAUCGAAACGCAUAUGCCUUCGUGAACUAUUCAGUAUGGAACGUUUUCCAUCACAGUGAUAGGGUUGAGUUGUCUGAUAUCGAGGGCAGUACUCUACUCCAUGCGCUACAGAGGCGAGAUACCUUCUGGUUGAGGUAUAUGGCACUUCAAUUCCCAAACAACGUUGAUGAACGCAUGACACCGUUGUAUCUAAUGUGUGAGAAGCGCUCCAUGAUAUUUGUUCGCGAGCUACUACAAGCAGGUGUGGAUCCAAAUGAGAAGGGUGGAAGAUUUCGCUAUCCCAUUAUUGCUGCCAUGGCUACGACGUCCUCCAGAGCGCAAAGAGAUUAUUUCAAGGGCGACAAGGCAAGCCUAUUAGAAGGCCUGAUUCGCACGCUAUUGGAGUACAGGGCAGAUCCAAAUCUGAAAAGCAAUUCCGGAGAGUCUGUGUUGCAUUAUGCUGUCGCGACGGGCAACGCAAAAGUCGUGGAGCUGCUCGUUGAAGCCGGGGCACUCGUGGAUGCUUCUGACAGCGAAGGCCGCACGCCACUCCACGAGGCUGCUUGCUUUCCCGCUGUUGCCAUCACCAAUUGCUUAUUGUCGCAUGGUGCGCAGCUUCAAGUCGUCGACGCGGAUGGUAAUAGCCCCCUCCACCUUGCAGCGAAGAAAUCCAGUCUCGAAGUCGUACAGAGUCUACUGAAAGCAGGUUCACACCUCACUCUGCGCAAUAGACAAGGCGCCCGUCCCCUUGAUCUGGCUGCGGAGAGUGGACGACCUGAGAUUUUGGAAUACCUCUGCUCCCUUCCGGAAGAGCAAGGAUCGGAGGAAAUGCAAUCAGACAAUCCCACUCUGCUACAUCUGGCGGCCGAAAAUGGAAAUUUGACCGCGAUCAGAGCCCUGCUCACAAGCGGAGCAGAUAGAGACGCACGCGACCGAGAUGGGCGGACAGCUUUACACGUUGCAGCAUUUUGGGCUCAAGUCGACGCAGUUGGCCUUCUUUCUGGAUGCGGGAAUACCGACGCCAAAGACGUAAACGGGCAAACGGCUUUGCACUUGGCGGCCAAAUCAAGCGAGGAAACUUUGGCGGCAUUGCUCUCUGCUGGCGCAGAUGUUGACGCCAUCGACAACGAUGGUCGUAGCCCUUUACACGUUGCGGCCAAAGAUGGGACGCUAGGCACGUUCGGUAGAUUACUCGAUAUCGGCGCGAAUACAAAGAUCCGGGAUAAGAAUGGACGAUCAGCACGGUACUAUGCACAAAACCGUAGGAGUAUAUGGCUUCUUUUACCUGAUAGUUACAAAUUAAUGCUCUGA